UUGGGCUUGAGGCAUAUCUGCCGGUUGUCCCUCUUGACAUAAAUAAAUCGCUCGACUGGCCUUAUGGUAACCCCCCCCCUUCCACCCCCCCAAAUGCUUUCUCAGGCCGUCAUCCCCUCGAUUAGAAGGAUAUGCUCGAAGAAAGAUGGCUUCCAAUCCCAUGAACAGAUAUUGGAUCCCGCACCUAGACAUCCACAAGAAAGUUAUCACCCAGGAGCUCCAGUACUACUUGGGGCCGGACGCGACUGUGAGACCGUACACUCGAGAAGGAGAAGACGGCUUCCUAAUCACGACGCCCGGGGCGUGUCUCACAGAUGAGCAGAUUGACGACAUCUGCCUCAAGUCCAAGGAGAUGUGGGAGAGGCAGGCAGCGGCGCGGUCGCAAUCGAAUCCCGAGAAGCCGCUGAAACGUCCAUUGCACCAACCGGUCCUGAUCUCGAGAGGAUCCGGAGAGGGGUCAAUGCGCCGGGGCAAGAAUCGAAGAGGCCACUUCUCCCGACGACCAUACGAUGACAAGAAGGGAGGCGAAACAUCUCGGAAGUGACGGUCAGCGCGAGACCUGGCGAACUGUCUGGGGGAUGCGGCGGAUCGCCGAUGUAACGCAGGAGUGUCCGUCAGACAGGCGGGACACGACGUAGAGAAGCUCAAGGCGUGUGUCCAACCGCGAAGCGG